AUGGAGCUGCGUUACGCUUCGAUCCGGAUGAUCAGUUGCACGCAACUCGAGGACCCCUUGAAAAUGAGAGAUAGGGAUGUCGAGGUCGUGCACAACAUACACAGGUCAAGUUCCCUCGGAGUCAGAGCGUGGCGGUCCUGGUUCCAUUGUUUAUCGGGUCGUGCGGGGGACCUGUAUGUGUUAUUAAGUCGGCGGUCAGCUAGCUUGAGGCAGUAUGCGGGUGAUACUGCACUUCCGGGAGGCAAGGUGGAGCCCCAAGAUAUUACUACUGAGGAUACUGCGGUACCCAUAUGGAAUUCCUUUGUCAAUCUUGGUCUGACUUGUCUGUUUGCAGUGACUCCGGUUGUGGUGCUCAUUCUCGACAACACUAUGCAACCUAGUCUCAACGAGUCGGAGUCUUUCCCUUUCCACCCAUACCGUAUUCCAGAUCCUUCGAUACCCUACCACACGACGGCAGAGUGGGAAUGGAGCGGAGGCGGUCGAAUCCGCAUGCAUAGUUUCCUCACCGGACGCGAAGCAGACGGCGUGAAACCUGUGUUUGGGCUUACUGUGAGCAUGUUGAUCUACGUUGCUAUCUGGGGGUACAGACGUGCUCCAGACUUUGAGUUGCAGCCGCAAAACGCGCCUACGCAGGCUCAGCAGAUCGCUUGCGCGCUCCUCACGCCUUCGAAUCCACUGCGGCUGGCGUGCGAAGAGUCUGACCUUGACUCAUCCAAGGACAGAGACGAUGUCCAUCUCACUGGCACCAAUUCUCAAUGUAAAUCUGCAGAUGGAAGUUGGGCUAAUAUUAAUGAUUUGACCAUCAGUGACUCUGAGCGCACGGGAGGUGCUGCAGGCCCCACCAGGCGGAGGACGCUGCGUUACAGUUCCUCACCUUCCCCUCCCAAACGAACGGGCUCAGCAUUCAUGGUAAUGUCGAAGCACCUUCAACGCGCAUCUCUCCGCGUCGUCAGGCCACGCCUUGGACAAUUCAAUUCGCAUACCGGAUGA